UAUGUAUUAUGUAAUCACCUUUUUAGUUUUGACAUUUGCAGUACAAAAGAAAGAGAUCAUGUAAGAAUAUAUUGAUAUAUGAGUUCUGCGACUAAUAGAAUCACAGCCAAUAGUUUACCAUUCACUAGUUUACCUUUUUUUAUGGUUCUACACUUCUACUUCUACCAUUCAAUUUGUUACUUGUGUAAACACUUUAAUUAUUAGAUAAUGCUAGUAAAAUAGCUGGUCAAAAGAAUUCAAUGCAUUUUUGUGAAAAGUAGAUGCCAAAUCGACGACAGUUGGAGACUUGGAGUAACCAAUUUUAAAAUUAUUUUAUUAAAUAGCGUAAGAAUUGCUAAAAGCCGAUUUUCUGAUCUUUUUCACGGACGACUAACCGAUUCCAUUCUGUCAAUGUGAUUAUUUAACUGCUGCAUAUAUGAUAUUAGAUGACUAUAAUAAUAAUUCUUGAAAUUAUGCAGCUGUAAAUUCUGAUUUUCAACUUGUAUUUCCUUUGGUAAAAUCGAAUUCUCGUAUUUAUUAAAUAUAUUUCAAUGUUGAACACGUCAUUCUAUUGGCGGAUUGAAGCACAUAGUACUACUACUCGUAUAAUUAUUUUGCCAAAAACAAAUUCUACUACUACUUGGAUUCAAACACAUUUGUUGCAUCAUCUAAUCACAACUCCGAACAAAAAAAAAAUCCUUUUUACCACUCCUCUCCUGAAGCUAGUGGUGAUGACAUGAGCUAUAGACUAUAGUUGAUUCGUUAGGUAAACCAUAGACGCUGAGCCGUAGGAUACUUAAUACUCUCUUGUGUGUAUGAUUCCUUUCUGCUCUGUACAUUACUCUGGCUGUAGUUUUUUUGUUAGUAAAAAUGUUAAGAAAACUGUUGUGGAUAAAAAAAAUUAUAGUGACUAACCCCAUUCUGAAAAGCUCUAUAUCCAGGAAACUUCAAAAAAUUUAUUUGGAGAGGUAUAGUACCACGCACCGAAAAAGUAUAGAAUCUGCGACCUCUAACAGUUAUCUGUGAGUAUUUCAAAGAACCACUGGACCACCUUGAUAUUUCACUCUGGCUGUUGUUGUUUCUGAGCUUACGAUAUGUAACAUUUUAAUUCAAGAGUUUAGAAGUGUAUUAUAUAUGGUUUGGAUCACGACCAAAAUAUCUUUCAACAGAUAAUUAACCACAAUUAUACAAAUAAUAGACUAUAGAUGAUUGACGAAUACAAUUAUAUUUAAUAUUGGGUUUACUGAAAUGUAAAAUAGUAAGCAAUAAAAUUAGGGUGUGUAUUAAGUUGUGGAUUUUAAGAUUUUUCUAGUCAUUUAAUUUAUAGUGUUUUGGUAAAACUAUUUUGGUUACAAAAAUAAAAAUUCAAAUCUCAUAGUUUAUACAAGAUUUUAGAAUGGUUUAAACAAAAUUAUAUUAAAUUCUCAAUUCACCUAAAACAAUCUAUAAAUUUAUUAAAAAUCAAAUCAUUCCAAACUAUAGACUGAAUACACUCUUUUGAAAUAACGUGUUGGUUAUUUGGACGCCAACAAACCGCAAUAUUUUGUUGUUGUUAGUUGUAUAUAACACAGAUAUACAUAAGUUAUAUACACAUAAUCGAAAUUGAAUCUGGAUAAUACUAUGGCCACAAUGUUAAUACAAUUUGAUUACUAGGAUGCAAAGCUAUUCUAAAUAAAUACUAUUUCUUUUGUGAGUAAAAUUAUCGUAUUUGAAUUUAUAAAUAAGUUGUUUAUUUUAUAUUUGCAUCUUGUUAAAGUAUCUUUAUUCAAUAUAUUCGUUAUAAGGUAAGACUAAGAGUGAUUGGAUAGUCAUUUUAGAAAAAAAAAAUAUAGAGUAAUUUUUUGUUACUCUAAUUCUUUCUAAACGUCACCAAUCACGUGGAAAAAGUAGAAAAAAAGUUUUACUCGCAUUCUUGCUGAGUGCUUGUCUUUUUGUGGUCAAUGACAUUAUUUUUCUACUUCGUAACGUGACACAUAACUAUUUUUUCUAUCAUUUUACCAAUCAGACUCUAAGAGUAUCUUUACUUGAUAAUCUUUGUUGCAGCAUGUCAGCAUUACUGUACUAGAAAGAUAAUAGCAUUCUGAAGUAUUAAACAUUUUUUUUCUAUUUAACUGAUUGUGAAGAAUAAACAGUCUGUCUAAGUGCAGAAAUGACUGUACAUAACUAUAUAUAUUGGUUGUUUAGUAGGCUGUAACCCACGAUUUUAAUUAUUAAUUUAAUAAGUAAAUUGAUUAACCAAGGACAAAUGAAAACAUAACAUACCCGCCAAAAAUAUCUAAUCAAAGAUUAAAUAAUUAGAAUUAUAUUAUAUUCAUCUGGAUAAGAAGCUUCGUGAAAUUCAUACAACUGUAUACUAAUAUUUCUUUUUCUUUUUGAUUUUCCGCAUGAUAACAAUCUAAUAACGACCAAACUAGAAUUUGUAAACAAUGUGGAUACAGUUCUGAACUCAGAACGUUUUUGAACCAUUUUUAUACAUUAAAAUAAUCGUAACCAAUAUUAUUUUAAGAUCAUAGAGUUAACUUAGUGGAAAUCCAUAAAAGAUCACAAUAGUUGCAAUUUAAAAGAAGCUUAAUAGAACAUUUAGUUAGAAAACGAAAAGCACAACCCAACAAGUCUUAUAGAUAAUGGACACGUCUUCUUGAGACAUAUGUUUUUAACUGUUGUCCGGUACCUUUUACAGCUUUUUCGUUAGUAUAAAAAAACCAUAAAAACCAAUACAAUUGGCAAGUGACAAAUCCAUUCUCCAAUCUUUACAUCUUAGUCGAAUUUAGGAUCAACUUAACCCAUAUUUAAUUAAUAUUAUGAAAAGAAAAAAGCCUCAUGUUCGCCAAGUGUUGAUACAUGAGAUGGAGAACACUGGACGCAAAAUAUGCAAGAAAUCAAGUCAAAGAUGUACCCGAGCUCCGGUGCCAAACUUGUCAAGCAGCCACUGUAACUCUUUAAGUUCUUCUGUGGCUUUUAACUCGCGAAAGUGGAUUGGACUUUUGAGUGCGAUCAACUGAAGAAAGGGGCCAAAAAAUCUCAAAAAAGUGUACUCAAACUUGAUCCGAUCUUCAUGUGAAAAUCUCAUUGUAAACUAUUUUGAAAUAUAAACUUGUUUUAGUGCUGUUUGAGACCAUUUCAUUUAAAAAGCGCUUUCUAUUUUAAAAUAUAAGUUUGUUGUUUUUGUUGUUUUUCUGUCAACAAGAUAUAUGUUCCCCUUUGUUUUCUUUUUGUAAUUGAUCCAUUUAGUUUUUUUUUUUUGCUAGAGUGGCUGAGACUUAAAUCUUGCACCAUGUAAAAUCUUCAAAUCAUUAUUAAUAUGAUAUUUAUAUUUCAGCAAAAUAAAAUAAAAUAAAAUAUGUUUCAUAUAAAAAUUAAACUAUUUUUUUGAAAAACUUGCAAAUACUUUUGGUAUCAUCACAAUCUUUCACAUUAUUGUCAUAAGCAUCGUAGGGAAAUAACUUAACAUACUUUUCGAAAGUCUUGUCCUAAUUAAAUUAGUGAACCGAAAUACUCCUUGUGAACCGGGCUGAUCCAAUUGAAUACUAUGUUUCAAAUUAAUACUGAAUCAAAAACAAUUGUGAGCUUAAAGAAGAUGGGCUUCAGGAAGGCCCAAAUAGACACUAAAGAUGGACCAACGGCACAGAGAUCUCCCCGCCUUUAAAAAUCACGACGGAGACGAACUCGAGCCACGACGGUUCCGAGAGAGAAAGAGACGAGAGAAAAUUUUCAAAAAUCAAACAUUGCAAGAACCCUAAUCGAUUACAGUCUCUGAUUCGUUCUACUUCGUCAUCGUUCCUUCUCCACUGAAAUGGCGAGUGAGAGUUCCCAAUCUGCCUCGCCGUCGCCAUCUCCAUCUCCGUCGAUGGGCGAUACGUUUGUAGGAAGCUUCAUCAGUCUAGUUUCUAACUCCGAGAUCCGUUACGAAGGCAUUCUCUACCAUCUCAAUGUCAAUGACUCCACGCUAGGUCUAAAGAACGUAAGAUCUUGUGGAACAGAGGGGAGGAAGAAAGAUGGGACGCAAGUUCCGCCAUCUGAUACUGUUUACGAUUACAUUCUUUUCCGCGGAAGUGACAUCAAGGAUCUGCAAGUUAACCCUUCUCCAUCUCCACAACCAAGACACCAGAUUCAGCGUGAACAUGACGUUAAUCAGUCCUCUCUUGCUAGGCCAACUAUGAGCUCUCCGCCUUCUGGAUAUGAUAGUGGCUAUGGUUUGGGGAGAGGAGCACAAUGGGUGCAAACACCUGCUUUGAGUAGUAAACCGGUUCCUGCUACACACCAUUCACCAGUCCCUUUAGGAUUCCAGCCUCCUCCAUCUAAUGCUGGAACAGAAUCACCAGCAAGCCUUAUUGGUUCAGCAAAUAGUUUUCAGGCUGCUCAAAGUAAUGCUGGUCUGUCUAUGCCCAUGCCUUCUUUUGUUCAAGGAAACAAACUACCUUCCACUGGUGUCCCUCCUGGUAUGAUGGGCCAGGCAGUUUCAUCAUCUGCUACGAAGCACAAUGAUCCUCAGAUUAUAGAUAUGUCUGCUUCACCAGUUAUGGGGUUAGUAGAUGAUGCAUCACAGGUUGUUACUCGUACACCCGACGUUGCUUCUGAUCAAGCAUACUCUUCUCCCCUUGGUCAAGCACAACGCCAUACUCCACCUGGCCUUGCUUCUUCACCACUUUCUGAAGCACAGCUUUCUGGUCCAUAUAUUCAGAACGGAUACCCCAUUGCACCCCAGGCUGUUGGUAAUGGUGUCUAUGACUCUCUGUCUAACCAUCAUAACCGAUCUAUACCUUAUAAUAUACCAGCUAUGACUUCUCACUCAGCUCCUGUAGUUCCUGGUCCGUUUUCGAAUUCGCCUCAGUCAUUUUCUGACAUGAAGCCAUUACUACAAUCUAGGCAGAUGAUCAAUAGGGGUCAAGAGAUGUUUGUUGCAACUAACCCGGUAUCAGUGGGUGUGCCAUCUCGAAGUCUUGCUACCACAUAUCAAGAGCCAUUGCUGCCUCUUGCGGCUACAGCUCAUCAGUCUCGGAUCCCCAGUUCUAGAAAUGAGUUCACUGAAGAAUUUGAUUUUGAGGCAAUGAACGAAAAGUUCAAUAAGAGUGAACUAUGGGGUUUUCUCGGUAAAAACAAUCACAGGGAAGAAACCGUAGUUGAGCCUACCGAAGAAGGGAAGGCAAAGCCUGCUUAUAACAAAGAUGACUUUUUCGAUACAAUCUCGUGCAAUCCCCUUGACCGUGUAGCAAGAAGCGGACAACAACAACUAGACAGCCAGUUUCCGGAGCAUAUGAGACAAAAUCCUGAGGCAUAUGGUAAUCAUUUUCAAAUGCCACUUCAACCACAACCGGGCCAGGGUGCAUAUCUCGCUGCGCAGACCAACUACAGAGGCGGAUAUGAUAAUAAUAAUAAUUACAGCAACAACUACUACUCGAAUUCUGGUUAUGGUUACUACUCUGGUGGGAGAGGCCGAGGCAGAAACACUCAUUUCUGAUUCUGAAUUUCUGUUUUCAUUAAGAAGGGAUUUGCUUGGUCACUCACACUUCCCUUCUCUUAACCGCUGUCUUUGAAACCCAAGAUUUGAUGGCAUAUCAUAUUGGCAAGUUCAUUUUCCUUUUUUUCUGUUUGAUGAGCUUUAGCCUCUAGGGAGAAUGUUAUUUGUUCUUCAAUGAAACAAAAAGUACUAUGAACCUUUUGGUAUAUGCAAAUCUUUAUUUAUACACUCU